CCAAGUUCUGCCGUGAUGUGAUGUCACCCUGCACUCCAGCCACUGGGCCGUGGCUGGCUGAUGCACCUCUGUGGCUUCAGCUACUGAGCCCAGACUUCUUCCCCGCAGACCCCAGCUGUUCGGGAGUCUCUGAAGUGGGCCUUCACCAUGAAACUGCCCAAGGGAGCCAGGAACUGUGUGUUCUAUGCACAGCACCCAGAGAAGGAGGAAGAGGUGCCCUCAUGGCAGGAGAUAAAGCAGACCCCUGUUGUCAUGGCCACAAUCAAAGGUCCAGGGCCUGCCAAGUACCUCCGGCCAUCCUGUACCGGCUACAUAGCCCACGACAUCUCCAUGUUUCAGGAGCCGGCUUACACCCUACACUCGAGGCACACUGAGAAACGGAUCAUAGACACAUACAGCCCCGGGCCUUGCUAUUUCUUGGAUCCCAAAGCGACUCGUUUUGGAAUAUCUACCUGCCCCCAGGUCCCCAUGGAGGAGCGCAUCUCCAAUCUUCGCCUAAGCACCACUCCAGCCCCCUGCCACUACAACCUUGAGAAGACUCGGCCCCCUGGGGAACGGACGGCUCCCCAGUUCUCGAUUGGCUACCGGUGUCCGUGCAGAGUGAUGGAUCCCAACCCGGCCUCCAACCAGUACCAGCUGCCACUCUCACUGGGACCCAACAUCCCUGUCUUCCGAGCCGCCCCCUGCUAUAGUCUGGGCUCCUCAAGCAAGAAUUGGUUCUACAAAGAGAAUAUAGCGGGAGGUCCUGGACCUGCGAUGCAUGCCCGACCUGAGCCGUCCGUCUACCAGAACCGCAGCCCUGUGUUUAGCACGGCCAAGCGCUUUGCCUAUCCAUUGGACCACACACUUCGGCCUGGCCCUGGCUCCCACAAUGUCCAGCCGGUCACUGUGCACAAGCCCCGCAUACCUGCCUUCACCAUGGGCAUCAAACACUCGCCCCACUUGUGCCCAUUGAUUGUGGACAUUCUUGACUGAGGCCAGUGUUAGUAUGUGCCCCUCCCUCCUCACAGAUGCUUUUUUUUUUUUUUUUUUCUAUACCACAUUGAGCAACCUGAUCUCAUAUGAAUUCCUUUAGCAGAGCUGGUGCCUGGUGAGGAGCCAGCACACAGAGGCAUUAGAUAAAUAUUUUUGUUUAUUCAUUCCUUUGUUUUGUAAACAUUUUCAGCUGCUUCCUCUGGACUCUGCUCUGGGUGAGGGGCUAGGGAUCCUUGGUACUGUAUCCUGUAUACAUGGGGGUCGAUGCUGGCCACUAGGGGAAGCAGCUGUGUGACUUCCAGGGAGCCUGGGCAGGCCCACCUUAGAGUGGCCACUGACAGGCUGUGCGGCCUUUCCCUGCGCUUCUCUGGGCCUCAUGGUCCCUUUCCGAUAGUGCCAGGGAUCGCCCUGGAUGAAGUUUAAAUUCUCCCCAGUUCUAGGGCUCUAUCUUUGGUCCCUGCCAGGGUCAUUCCUCAAGAUAGGAGCGGGGACCUGGGCAGAAAUGGGAGGGGUCAUCUUGGUUUGGGAUCGGGAAAGACAGGCUCCUGGAGAAGGACCCAGAUGGAUAUGUGGAGACUUGGGGGCAGGUAGAGGUAGUGACAGCAUGCAGGGAGACCGAAGGGUGCUGCUGCCUGGAAGCUCUAGCCAGGAGUUCCAGCUGAACCCCGAGGGCUUUAGCUAGAUAGGACACAGUGGUUUUCCUUGUUUGUUUUGUAGUGCAAGCAGUCCUCAGCCUUCCAAGUGUGGGAUUAGCGCACAACACUACACUCAGUGAAGACUGUACUUCCGGAAGACUUUGGGCAGUUAGAGAAAGGCAGCCAGCAUGGGAAGUGCUGGAGGUUGUGGUCAGCCUGCGGCCUGCUGGGAGGGGUCUGAGUGUCACAUGCCUAUCUUUGGAGAGUCAUUUGCUAUAUUCCCAAUCUCAGCAGCUCAGCCUGGCGAAGGACAUCAGUGUGACCAGGGGAGGGCAGCAUUGUCUCAGUCCUCAGGGCCAGGCCUGGCUCCACCUGCUUUUGGAUGGUACCUGUGGGCUGGGGCCUUCCAAGCAGGAAUCUGACAUUCCUUGACUCUUGAUUCCUACCCUUCAAGACCCCACUGGCUCAGCCAGAGGGGGACAUUCAGAACCAGAAUCAGUGUCUGAUGGCUUGUCCCCUCUAUUUUAUUUUAUUGAGACAGAGUCUCUCUUUGUGAUCCUGGCUGUACUGGAGCUCUCAAUGUAGAGCAGAUAUCUGGUCUUGAAUGCACAGAUAUCUGCUUACCUCUGCUUCUCAAGGGCUAAGAUUAAAGACGCAUGCUACCACA